UUCUUCCAAUCCUGAGGGGGCAGCGGUGAGUCCGGCGGCGCUCGGGGUUGUUUCGCGGUCACUGCGGCUCCGUGUGUUUGUUGAAAUGGCGAAGUUUGGCGAUUUAAAAGCCUUUCUUGAAUCUUCAUUAAAUGAAAUCUUCCGUGCGACCGUCAGUGACAUUCUGGAUUCAGUGGAGCAAACAGUCGGCGAGUAUCAGCUUAAAAUUCAGCGAAUUGAGUCCGAAAAUGAAGAUCUGAGAAAACGACUUUGUGCAAAAGAAAAAAGGACAAAUUAUGUCAAAACAGAAGAUGAAGACUGUGUUGUGGCUCAGCUUGACUUCUCAAGAGACACUUUCAGCCAGACUUCAUCUGCUCAAAUGAGUGAAUACAAUGAUCAGACGAAGAUGGCUGGAGAUUUAGUGUGCAGCCGUACAAAGUCACAAACCACAGAUGUCACGCCGUUCCAACUAAACAAGGAUUGUGCAACAACAUAUUUAUUUGUAAAGGCCGACCCAGACACAGAGGACGGAUGUGCUGUUGACCUUUCAAAUCCUCAUGCUUCUCCUAAAUACACCAGUAAAGAAAUAAAAAUAGAGGAUGCUAACGAGAACGCUGACUCUGAACGUCACGCUUUAUUUAAACGUCCUUUAGAGCCAGAGAUCAACUCUAAUGACUGUGAUGUUAAAGUAACGGUAGUGUCAGACAAACACCUUUAUCAUGUUGAUGAGGGUGAGUGCAGCAGACGUGCAGCGUUGGAGGAGGAAGUACGGGAGUCACCGGAGCCCGAUAUCAUCUUUGAUGAAGAGUCCAAUCCAGACAGACUGUCCGAUGAGGGAUCUUCUGGAUUGCUUCAUAUGACGGCGUCGCCACCAAACUAUUCCUGCGGUCAGUUUAACAAGAGCUUCAAGCACGAAGCAUUGCUCAGCAUCCACUUGAGAUCUCAAAGCUCGGAGAAGACGCACAUCUGCGGCCAGUGCGGGAAGGGGUUCGACCGAGCCGAUCUCCUGAAGAACCACCAGCGCACGCACACGGGAGAAAGACCCUUCGCCUGUAACCUGUGCGGGAAGAGCUACGGCCACCAGGGCCAGCUGCGCAUCCACAAGAGGAUCCACACAGGCGAGAGGCCGUACUGCUGCCCGCACUGCGGCAAACGAUUCAACGAACACAACCAGCUUAAAGUCCAUCUACGGACCCACACAGGUGAGCGGCCAUACACCUGCACCGUAUGUAGCAAAACCUUCACCAAUGCCGGAAACCUGAGGAGCCACCAGAGAGUCCACACCGGAGAGAAGCCGUACGCCUGUGGCCAGUGCGGGAAGAGGUUUAACGGUAUGGGCGACCUUAAAACACACUACCGCAUCCACACGGGCGAAAAGCCGUACCGCUGCGAGCUGUGCACCAAGACCUUCAGCCAGGCCGGGCAUCUGACCAUCCACAAGCGCAUGCACACCGGCGAGAAGCCGUACGGCUGUGGUGAGUGCGGGAAGCGCUUCACGGUGGCCAGUAGCCUGAAACUGCACCAAUUAACACACACCGGAGAGAAACUGCACACCUGCUCGCACUGCGAUAAGAGCUUCAGCCGGGCCGGACACCUCAAGAGACACGAGCUGGUCCACUCCAAAGAGAAGCUGUAUUGCUGCACGCACUGCGACAGGAAAUACAGUGACCAGUCGUCUCUGAAGAAACACCAGAAACUGCACAUGACGGCCAAGAAUGAAGGCGACCGGAGCGCUGCUGCUGCGCUUGACACAGAGUACAUAUGCUGGUUAGGAUGUGCUGUUGACCUUUCAAAUCCUCAUGCUUCUCCUAAAUACACCAGUAAAGAAAUAAAAAUAGAGGAUGCUAACGAGAACGCUGACUCUGAACGUCACGCUUUAUUUAAACGUCCUUUAGAGCCAGAGAUCAACUCUAAUGACUGUGAUGUUAAAGUAACGGUAGUGUCAGACAAACACCUUUAUCAUGUUGAUGAGGGUGAGUGCAGCAGACGUGCAGCGUUGGAGGAGGAAGUACGGGAGUCACCGGAGCCCGAUAUCAUCUUUGAUGAAGAGUCCAAUCCAGACAGACUGUCCGAUGAGGGAUCUUCUGGAUUGCUUCAUAUGACGGCGUCGCCACCAAACUAUUCCUGCGGUCAGUUUAACAAGAGCUUCAAGCACGAAGCAUUGCUCAGCAUCCACUUGAGAUCUCAAAGCUCGGAGAAGACGCACAUCUGCGGCCAGUGCGGGAAGGGGUUCGACCGAGCCGAUCUCCUGAAGAACCACCAGCGCACGCACACGGGAGAAAGACCCUUCGCCUGUAACCUGUGCGGGAAGAGCUACGGCCACCAGGGCCAGCUGCGCAUCCACAAGAGGAUCCACACAGGCGAGAGGCCGUACUGCUGCCCGCACUGCGGCAAACGAUUCAACGAACACAACCAGCUUAAAGUCCAUCUACGGACCCACACAGGUGAGCGGCCAUACACCUGCACCGUAUGUAGCAAAACCUUCACCAAUGCCGGAAACCUGAGGAGCCACCAGAGAGUCCACACCGGAGAGAAGCCGUACGCCUGUGGCCAGUGCGGGAAGAGGUUUAACGGUAUGGGCGACCUUAAAACACACUACCGCAUCCACACGGGCGAAAAGCCGUACCGCUGCGAGCUGUGCACCAAGACCUUCAGCCAGGCCGGGCAUCUGACCAUCCACAAGCGCAUGCACACCGGCGAGAAGCCGUACGGCUGUGGUGAGUGCGGGAAGCGCUUCACGGUGGCCAGUAGCCUGAAACUGCACCAAUUAACACACACCGGAGAGAAACUGCACACCUGCUCGCACUGCGAUAAGAGCUUCAGCCGGGCCGGACACCUCAAGAGACACGAGCUGGUCCACUCCAAAGAGAAGCUGUAUUGCUGCACGCACUGCGACAGGAAAUACAGUGACCAGUCGUCUCUGAAGAAACACCAGAAACUGCACAUGACGGCCAAGAAUGAAGGCGACCGGAGCGCUGCUGCUGCGCUUGACACAGAGUAACGGUGACCAGACCGUAACGUGUUCCUGCAUCUUCAUUCAUCUUCCUCAUCAUGUUCCUCAGUAUCGCUUCUUACAAUAAACUUGUUGAAUCUGCUGGGCUACAGUGACUGUUUGAUUGAAAUGAUGGUUCCUGUGAUUGAAAAUAUAAUUUUGACAUGCAUUGAAUUAUAAGGAUCAUGAGAUCUGAUGUUCAUCUCUAAUACUGAAUGGUUGUCAUAUUCAUGUUUAAGGAAUACCAUGGCAUUAUCAUGGUAGUUUUUGGCACGCUGCACAGAACACAUACUGUACUGAUGUUUGAUAAUAUAGAUAGGUCUUCAUUCCUUUAGACAGUGUGUUUUCUGUCUGUGAUUGUAUGAAUUAUGCUUAUUAGAAAUUAAUGCUGUCGUCCUGUAUGACCUAGUUUGUUAAAUAUCAGUUAUGAUGUAAGCACAUCUUAGAUUAAAUGCAAUUUAACUUAAGCACCUUAUAUAAGAUGUUCUCUAUUGUAUUGUGAAUUAAUGUGAAUAAUUUCAACUCCUCUUAAAUGUUAACUCAAAGCUUCAGUGACAGAAUAAAGCUUUUUAAAUAGGUCAGUGUACUGUUUGAAUCUUUAGAUUUAGUAGUAUUUGAGCUCCAGUGAUCAUUGCUGAAGACCAUACCGUGUCACUGUUCAUUAAGCUCAGUCAUAUUAAUCCUAUAAAGAUGCUGUAUCACCAUGAAUUUCUAGACCUCUAAAUGAUUAACAUGCUCAAACUUUGCUGUUAAACCUGUCGCACACAAUUUACUACAUGUACUACUCUCAUCUGAUUGACAGUUUAGACUUUUUUUUUUAUCAAGUAAAAGGUCUUUAAUAUAAUUGUACAAAUGUCCACCUUUAGCUCGUGCUUCACGUGUCUGUUUGCUGUCGAAUCUUUACUGAUUUUUGUCAAAACGUGACA